AUGGCGGGCAUCUUUGAGCAGUCGCGCAACACGGGCACCUUGUUUCUAGGAGGUCAAAAAAUCAGCGGCGCAGACAUUCGCGAUCAAAAUGUGCUCGCCACACAAGCCAUUGCGAACAUUGUCAAGUCAUCGUUUGGACCUAGCGGACUGGACAAGAUGAUGGUGGACGACAUUGGCGAGGUGACAGUGACCAACGACGGCGCGACCAUUCUCAGCCUGCUCAACGUCGAGCACCCGGCCGGCAAGAUUCUGGUCGAUCUGGCACAGCAACAAGAUAAGGAGGUUGGUGAUGGUACAACAAGCGUGGUACUGAUCGCGGCCGAGUUGCUGCGGAGGGCAAAUGAGCUUGUCAAGAUGCGCAUCCACCCUACCACCAUCAUCACCGGCUACCGACUGGCACUCCGCGAGGCGGUUCGUUACAUGAACGAGAAUGUCAGCACAAAGGUCGAGACGCUUGGCCGGGAGAGCUUGAUCAACAUCGCAAAAACGAGCAUGUCCAGCAAGAUCAUUGGCGGCGACUCCGAAUUCUUCUCCAACAUGGUGGUCGAUGCCAUUACCAGCGUCAAGACCACCAACGCACGCGGCGAGACCAAGUACCCCGUCAAGGCCGUCAACGUGCUCAAAGCGCAUGGAAAGAGUGCUACGGAGUCACAGCUGAUCCAGGGAUACGCACUGAACUGCACCGUCGCCUCGCAGGCAAUGAAGACGAGAAUUGUGGAUGCGAAGAUUGCCGUCUUGGACAUGAACUUUCAAAAGGAGCGCAUGAAGUUGGGUGUGAAUGUGGUCAUUGACGAUCCCGCACAGCUGGAGAAGAUUCGGGAGCGAGAGUCAAGCAUGGUGGUGGAGCGGGUGGAAAUGAUCCUCAAGGCUGGCGCAAAUGUCAUCUUCACCACCAAGGGAAUUGACGACAUGUGUCUCAAACACUUCAUCGACAAGGGUGCCAUGGCUGUGCGGAGAUGCAAGAAAGAGGAUCUCAGACGGAUAGAGAAGGCUACAGGUGCGACCAUGAUCAGCACCCUGGCGGACAUCAACACUGGCGACGACUUCUUCGACCCAAAGGCGUUGGGUGAGGCGAAGGAGGUUGUUCAGGAGCGGAUAUCAGACGACGAGCUCAUCCUCGUCAAGGGACCAAAGGUGCACACCGCGGCUUCCAUCAUUCUCCGCGGCGCAAACGAGUAUUCGCUUGAUGAGAUGGAGCGCUCUGUUCACGACUCGCUUUCUGCCGUCAAGCGCACACUMGAGUCCGGCCGCAUCGUUCCAGGCGGUGGAGCUGUGGAGACGGCGYUGCACAUCUACCUCGAGGAGUGGGCAACAAGCGUUGGCUCCAGAGAACAGCUUGCGAUUGGAGCUUUCGCAGCAUCUCUUCUCGUCAUCCCCAACACACUCGCAAUCAACGCAGCAAAAGACAACUCCGAACUUGUCGCUCAACUCCGCUCGCGACACGCCCUCUCACAACGCACAUCCGAGCCGGCAUCCGCACACGCACCUGCCGCUUCUGCAAAUGGCAACCCAACACCUCCCGCUCGUUCCUCCACACAGCAAGCGCUGGACGCAGACGCCAAGGCAUUGAGCAAGGCGAAGGGGUACAAGAACUACGGUCUGGAUCUCGCAAAGGGCAAAGUGCAGGACUGUGUCAAGGCGGGUGUGUUGGAGCCUAGCAUGAGCAAGGUCAAGCAGCUGAAGUCUGCAGUUGAGGCUUGUGUGGCGAUUAUGAGAAUCGAUACGUUGAUCAAGUUGGAUCCGCCGCAGCAGCAAGAUGAUGGUCACGGUCAUUAG